AUAUCUGGUAUGUUUGUUUUGGUUGUACCAAAACCCUCCACUUGUUUGUUAUGUUCAAUUAUACCCCUUAUCCUCAUGUCAAUCUCCGCGUUGUGUUGUGAAACUGUGAUGUCCUCCUAAAAAACUCUAUCCAUGUCUAUGAUGUCUCUCACAACCGUGGCUGCAUUCAAGUCCCUCACAAUGGCGGAAUCGUGCCUUCUAUCCCUCCCUUCCCUCUUCUACGCCAAAAACAAUACCCUUUCUCUCUCAAUUCCCACCAAGCCCCUCAACCUCCAUCUUCCAUGCUCCAACUCUUCGCUCUUUCCCCUCACCACCAAAACAACGCGCCACUCUUCUCUCCUCACAUUCGUGGCUCAGACAUCGGAUUGGGCCAAAGAAGAAGAGGAAGAAGAAACCUCGUGGGAGAACCAAGGCGACACCGCGUGGGGAACUGAAGAAGGUGGCCACGAAGAAGGGGGUUUCGCUGAAAAAGCUGAGGAAGAUAAGAUCUUCGUUGGGAACUUGCCUUUCGACAUCGACAGCGAGAAUUUGGCGUCGCUCUUCGGGCAGGCUGGCACCGUUGAGGUUGCUGAGGUUAUUUAUAAUAGGGCCACUGACCGGAGUCGUGGGUUUGGAUUUGUUACCAUGAGUACACUUGAAGAGCUUAAGAAGGCUGUCGAGAUGUUCAGUGGUUACGAACUAAAUGGAAGAGUGUUGACUGUUAAUAAGGCUGCUCCAAAAGGAGCACAGCCUGAACGCCCACCACGCCCACCACGUUCCUUUAGUUCUGGUUUAAGAGUCUAUGUUGGCAACUUGCCAUGGGAAGUUGACGAUGCUCGGCUGGAGCAAAUUUUCAGUGAACAUGGUAAGGUUGAGGAUGCUCGGGUGGUCUAUGACAGAGAGACUGGUCGAUCACGUGGUUUUGGCUUUGUCACAAUGUCUAGUGAGACUGAUAUGAAUGAUGCAAUUGCUGCCCUUGAUGGUCAGAGUUUGGACGGGAGGGCUAUCAGAGUGAAUGUUGCACAGGAUAGGCCUAGCCGCAGCUCUUUUUGAGUGGUAACUUGAGUGAUCUUCCAUGUCCGGCUGAUUGAGUUUCCUUUUAAUGGCUAAGUAUACAGUGGCGUUUUUUUUUUAUCUUCUUUGGCAGCUGGUUCCAGAUUAGAUUUGCAUGUUGUAAUGUUAUUAAUUUUGUGUCCAGAUGAAAAUGAUUAAAGUUACAAUUCCUUUUAUAGGGAUUUUAAAGAAACUCUAUUGAUUUUUUUAACCAUUUUGUUUGCUAUUGUUGUACGAAAAUGUAGAUAUUGUCUCUUA